AUGAGAUUUAGGGUCGCCUGUGACGACAUUUUGACCCUGCGUGGCGGCGCCUUGGACGACCUGGAAGAUGUCCGCGAGGAAGUAUACCGCGCCCAGAACGAGGUCGAUGCCGCUCGCAAGGUCCUGGAGCUGGCAGAGCACCGACAAAAGCGCGCACAGAAGAAGCUCAAACAGCUGAAGGAACGAGUUGAGGUUGCUGAACGGCGGGUGCGGCCAGCGAGCGACGAGUACUGGAGCGCCGUCGAAGUCAUGCACGACGCCAACACCAACGCCGCGCAGCUGGCGAAGGGGCCGCGUCCUGUCAUCGACUGGGAGAAGGAGCGUGUUUAUGAGUUUGGCGAUAGGGCGCGCAAUGUGGCAGGCCCCGUCGGCGAGAGGGCGCUUCCGAGCCUGAUCGCGGCCGGUCCGAACCGCAUCGACAAGAGGGUGAAGAGGCAUCGGCCUUACCCGACCAAGAAGGACUUGCCCCCGAAAGUCGAGCCGCUUGUGCAUUCUUGCGGGGAACUGCCGUCUUGGGAUGAAGAGGAUAUCAAAAUCUCGAAGCUAGAUGAUGAUACUGUUAUCGAAGUCGGCAACACAAGGUAUCUCGUCAGGAUGGACCCGGAAGAUGUGUGGGCAAAGUUCAUGGCAGGAUCUCAUGACGAUGACAGCCGGGAAUUCAAUGAAUCUCACAAGGAUGACUUGUUGAAUAUGUUUGGGUACGGGCCUAGACAGGCAGCCAAGCCCUUUGAAUCCAUCGACACGCGGUGGGGGAUCAUGGAGGUCAUGCCCAGGGCGGAAGCUGAGAGAAGGGGAUGGCUAACAAUGGAUGGCUCAGCUUAA